GUGUCACGUCUGUGUCCACAUGCGUGCUCGUUCACGUCGUUCCGUCACGCACUUUCAAGUGGACGUCCCUGCUGCGUCAUUUGCGCGCCGCCUCGCUCCCGAUGCACCUCUUUUCCCGAAAGACUAAAGAUAAAUGUUUCGAUUUCAGUCCCUGGAUGAAGACUGUACGUUGGAGGAGGAAGACGAGGGACUGAUAGAAGAGGAAGAUGACAUUGAUCAGUUCAAUGAUGAUACCUUUGGAGCUGGGGCCAUCGAUGAUGACUGGCAGGAAGAGCACAAACGCCUUGCUGAGCUCGAUGAGAAAGACGGGCUUGGAGCGGGGCUGGGGUUGGGAGGAGAAUCUGAUUUAGGAGGAGCUGAAGACUCAUCCUCCAUCCAUCCCCCCCUUCCGUCUUCCCUCCCUCCACUUAAAUUCACCCUUUCUUCCGCUGGACCGCCACCUCCAGUUGUUACAGAUGUGGAAGAUCGAGGAGGAGAAGGUGACUUGGCUGAGUCCCUGGCUAGACUCAUCCUGGAGGCUGACCCAGCCAUUGCUGGGGUCGGGGCGGCAGAGAGACCCGUUCCAUCCCCCAGCUCUUCAGGAUCCUGCCUGUCUGCCCUACAGGGGCUGGACCGACCCAGAGUCCUGCCCAAGUCCUCCUCAGUCCCACAUCCCACUCAACCACAUCAGCAUCCCCAUCACCCUCAGCACCAGCUGCCCCCUGGGCCCUCCACCUCUGGCCUUCCUCCAGGGCCUCCUUCCUCAUCUAUGCUCAGCUACCAACAGCAGCAACACUUGCUGCGUAGAGGGACUGCUCCUAUGGGCCAGGUGAAUUCUCACAGUAUCUGGGAGAACAGUAUGGGUUUUGGCCCGGUCAGUGUCACCCCUGGACUGGUUACACACAUGGAGGAUAGUCCACUCAUGUCUAUAAUCAAAGAGGUGGGCCUUCCUAAACGGCCUCCUCAGGGAAGGAGUGAUGAAGGACAGGAUUUGUCAGAGAGGGUCCCGCCUCCACGCUCUUCUUCCCCUGUGAUUGGCUCCCCUCCGGUGCGAGCAGUGCCUAUUGGGACCCCGCCCAAACAGCCAAUGAGCCACGCACUGAAUCAUCAGAUCCACCAUCCCAUGGCGGUUCAUGUGAGAGCCCCAGUCCAGCACAGAUACCCUCCUCCUUUCCCUGAGCGUCUGUCACCAAACACCCUCCUCAAUAUAGCUAACUCCCCGCUGUGUCGUGGGCAAUUCCCUCCCAGAGUUGGUCCAGUCUUGUCUCAGAUUCAGCGGGCCCAGCUGCUCAACACUCAGGUGGCUGGUUUUCCCCGUGGUGGUCCAGUACCUCCUCUGUUGCCAGGUGGUGGUGGUUUCAGGCCGUUCUUUGGGGGGCCUCCACCUCCACACACCCACCGAAUGGGCCCACCACCCCCUCAUGGUCCCCCCAAUCACACGCCACCCAUCCGGCACAACACCACCCACCUCCACCCACAGCACCGUCGCUUGCUCACCCAACGCAUGCAGAACCGAGGAGGGGACCGUGGCCGGACUGGAGGGGACCGGCGCAGUAGAGACCCCUACAGUAACCUGAUGACCCAGAAAGAGAAGGAAUGGGUAACAAAAAUCCAGAUGAUGCAGCUGCAAAGUACAGACCCGUACCUGGAUGACUACUACUAUCAGAACUACUAUGAAAAGAUGGAAAAACGUCAGGAAAGAGAGCGAGACAGCAGCAAGAAGGAACAUACCACCAAACUCAUCACUCCACAAGUCGCCAAGGUUGAACACUCCUACAGACCAGUUCAGUUUGCAGGCUCUUUGGGUAAGCUGACGGUGUCUAGCGUCAACAACCCCCGCAAGAUGAUUGAUGCUGUGGUGACAAGUCGCACAGAUGAUGAGGAGAAAAGGGAGAAGCAGGUUUGGAAUAAACGGCGACAGAUCCUCUACACUGUUGAGAAGAUGUACAGUUUGCUGCUGGAGGUUCAGGACUUUGAGAAACGCUUUGUCCAUGCACCAGAGGAGGACAGGGAGGCUCUGCUGGAGCAGCAUAAAACCAACACCGUGCAGCUCUGCAACUCUCUGCGGGAGAAGGAGUGGGACGACAGAGUAAGUGAUGAGCAAUGUGUGAUGAUCAUGUCGGUGAGGAAGGGCAAACGGCUAAUUUCCAGGCUCCUCCCCCUCCUACCAUCACCCCAGGCUGCCGCCGUUGUCAUGGCGAUUGCCCGCAACCUUCCCGCUCUGGCCAAGAAGGACAAGCAGGACCAGGUGCUGUGCUGGUUAGUGGAGCCAGUUUCUGCAGUGAUCCAGUCGCUCUCAAGCUCCACCCUCACAGAUUUGCUCCAGGAGCUUCAGGGCAAUGAGGGCCAACUGGCAACAGUACUGCACAACAAGUUUGGUGUGACUCUGCUGUAUCUCAUCCUGAGUGAAGGAGAGAGGAUGCAAAGCACCGACCCCAACUGCCAGCUCAUGGACGACAAUCGAUGGACUGAGUUGGUGUUUUCAGUGACAAGGGAGUUGCUCAGCAUUCCCUCUUCAUCCCUCUCUCCUCCCCUCUUCACCCCUCCGAACCUUCUCUCCCUCCUGUCACGCUACGUCGAUCGGCAGAGGCUGGAGCUGUUGCAGGAUAAGCUACAGAUCUCUGCACUGUCCAGGUAGAAGUUAAAACAGACAUCAACACAACCCUCUUCACACUUGAUGCAGACCUUUCUUUUUGUGAGUGUGUGUAUGCAUGUGUGUGUGUGUGUGCACGCAUGUGUGUGCGCUCUUGAAGUGAAUCCAUGGUGGAUGAUUUUAAUCCAGCAGAAUCUAGUUACUUUUGUUUUUCUUCGUGUUUAGUUUGGUGUGUGGGUGGGUGUGUGUGUGUGUGUGCGUGCGUGUUGGUCUGAAUGAUGAACAAUGAAAUCUGCAUUUUUAAAUAUCUUGUUUACAAUUAUGCCUGUGAUGAACCUUCAAAUUAAAAAGUAUUUCUAUUAUAUAAAAA